AUGCGUUUCUCACUCACUGCCGUGGUGGCAGCUCUGGCUGCUGUCCCCCAUGCCACGGCCUCCCUGGACAUCGACGAGUGGGAUAUCCUCGCAGGCAAGGCCCUGGUGAACCAGGUGCUUUACCAAUCCACAAAACCCCGUUACUUCGAGAGCACAUGUACCCCCUUGAACGCUGCUGUCCGUCGGGAAUGGGGUACAUUAACCAAGGGUGAGCGCAAAGAGUACAUCGAGGCUGUUCAAUGCCUCAUCGACUCGCCAUCCCAGGUUGAUCCUGCCUUUGCUCCUGGCGCACGCACUCGCUUCGAUGACUUUACCGCUAUUCAUAUUAAUCAGACGGCUUGGAUCCACACAACGGGCAACUUCUUGACAUGGCAUCGCUACUUCACUUGGGCCUACGAGCAAGCCCUGCGCAAUGAGUGCGGAUACAGGGGCUACCAGCCGUACUGGUCGUGGCCGAAAUACGCCGAUGAUCCCCACAGCAAUCCCAUCUUCGACGGUUCCGAGUAUAGUAUGUCGGGCGAUGGGUCGUAUAUCCCGCACGAAGGGCCUGAAGCCGGUCCCGAUAUCUUCCUGGAGCCUGGUCACGGCGGUGGCUGUGUGACGUCUGGACCGUUCAAGGACUUCAAAGUGAACCUCGGACCGACCCUUGUAACUCUCAAAGUCCCCGGUCUGGAACCACAAAAUGGAACAGGCCUGGAAUAUAACCCUCGCUGCCUGCGCCGCGACCUCAACCCCGAUGCCGCGUCCUGGACAACAAUCGACAAGGUGCUGGAUCUGUUCGAGCGCACGGAUAUCACGUCCUUCCAAAACCGUCUCCAGGGCGACUUUCCCAAUAAAUACCUCGGCGUGCACAGCGGCGGCCACUAUACCAUCAGCGGUGACCCUGCUGGCGACUUUUUCGCUUCCCCCGGUGACCCUGUCUUCUACCUGCACCACGCGGCGAUUGAUCGAGUCUUCUGGACGUGGCAGAAUCUGGCGCCUCGCGAUCGUACGUUUGUCGUUCAGGGCCCGACUGUGCUUCCUGGAUUUGGGAUUCCGAAUACGGUGAAUGCGACACUGGAUGAUAUGCAGUAUUUCCAUGUGCUGGCUAAGGAUAGGACGAUUCGGGAGCUGCUUGAUACCACGGGUGGGCCUUUUUGCUAUGUCUAUCUUUAA